AUGGCGGCCGGCGCCACCAGCUUCAAACCACGGACGAUAGCUAAGACAGCAGCUUCUAUGUACACAGACCACCGCAAUCUUCGUCAAGACCAGCUUACCGCAUUACUCGUAGCCUAUUUCUCGCACCUUGCCGACGAGACACGUCCUCUUGUCGAUGACGCUGAUGAGAUGGCCGCCGCCACCGUCUUCGCCCGGAGCCCGCCCACAUCAACACCAUUCACGAAAGCCAGAAAGCUCUCCAGAUUCGACAGCCACCACACUGACUGGUUCCAAGGCGACGAGACCGCCGACAACGAGCUCUACCCUUCCUCCAAACCGCACGCCACACCUGAGACGAGAGGACGAGAGCUUCCGUACGAUGCUCCAGGCCAUCAUGUCUACCCUCCCAAGGUCGACGACCGCACCGAUAAGCCCGCGGCCGUCCAUACAUUGCCCGGGUCAGCGACCGCGCCGAUGAUAAAUGUUUACGUCUUCUUCCUAAAUCUCGAAAAGAAACACAUACCUUCACGCCCACUCCUGCAACUCAACGGGCUCCUCCACCCCCUCCGCCUACUCGACCGCCUCCCGCCGACCCCAAUUGUUCCACAUCUCUCUCACAAACGCGAAAACCGCCGCGAAGGCCUCCGGCCCAAGCCACAGGUACAGAAUGGCCAGAGCGGCCAGUACGCAGAGCAACAUGACGCCUUGGAUGAUGAGGACUACUUGGAUGAUGUCGGACCAAGACAUUUUGAUUGA